AUGAGCUCACAACGAUCCGACAACUUCGCAUCCCUCAAACAUCCGAUGCUCGAGUAUAUUUUGAUGAACUGUAACAGCGAUACCCUGCAGCCUCCCAUACCAAAGUCAUCCUCUGAUGCCAUCUACAACAGCGAGGACCCAAACAUUGGCCUCUUUCGCAGGCAUGCUGGUAUCAGAGCAUUCCAGCACUUGUACCUAGGUCCUGCUGCUGCAGGAUCAGAGGAACAUAAUGAUGACGACAGCAAGCAUGGUAGAAGCAAGUCCAAGGCUACCAUGUAUGGGCUUACAAAGGUAACACCGCAAGCAUGGGCUUGGGCCAUGACGUGGUUUUCGCUCUCGGCCUGCAACUCGUACAUAGUGGGCAUUGGGUCAUUCAACCUAGAAGAUUUCUUUUGGGCUAUCCUUGAAACUCUCGAUGAUCCUGAGGAUCCAUGCGCAGUAGAGACAAUGGCAUGGAUUAAUGAACAAGUUUUCAGGAAACAUGCAGCCAAGGCCAUGACGGCUGCUGCAGAUGACACCGAUUCUGACCUUGUGAAAAUGCGAGCGAAACGUGCUGCUUGUAAACAAGGUAACACUUUGACAUCGGUAACAAACAAUGUUGUGCACAGUACCACUACUUCUCCACCCUCAGUAUCGGCAGCAGAAUGCCCAUCAUCACCUGCACCACCACUAUCUCCACCCAGACUCCCUUCGCAGGUUACACCUUCCACUUCUCACCCUCCCCAGCUAAACAGCCACCUGCUAUACCCACAGCCGUUCUUCCCAAGCCAGUGCCUGUUGUACACAAAAAAGCCAAGCCUGUCCCCAGACCAAAGGCCAAACCAGCACCCAAGCCACGAUCCAACACUCACGGGUUCUGCGCAUCUCUCUGCUGGUGCUAUUCAGGUUGAAGAACCCACUAACGAGGCAGGUGAUGCUGGUAUUCCAGAUGUGAAUGCUCCCGUGCCUCCAAAGAAAAAGCCUGUGCCCCAUCGUGGUAAAAAGGCUGCCUAG